AUGCCCGAGGAGCAUCCACCCCCUCAGGCUCAUCAUCUUCGCCUACCUACUGCUGGGUUCGACAAAAUUGAAAACUUCAAUUUUUUACUAUCGCGAACCGAUCCUAACGCUAGGCCCCGACAGUAUUCAUUUGACGCGGACACUGGGCUGGUCCCGUUUGCCAACGUGAAUAUGGAUUACGAUCAGACCGAGGGCAUGGGCGGCUUGUCCGUUAGCUCUUAUGAUAGUAUUGAAGACGAACGCUCGUCUCUCGAUUUACGGGGAUAUCCCUAUCACGGCCCAACUGGCGACAAAUCCAUCAACUACUCUAUUCCCGACCACAUGAUGCCUUAUUCGGCUCAUUCUAUCUAUCCGCCUGUCCCUUUUAAUCCCGAUGAUCUCGGCCACGGCCCGGGACAGAUGACUCCAUCGGAUGUCUCUUCGUCUAUCUCGCCUCCCAAUGGCCAGAUGGGCAACACCAAGUACAGCACCUCUAUCUCUGGAGACCGCAUCGCCGCGGCUCUAGAUCAAGAGGGCGGUGUACGCGUCGCCGCUGAAGAGGACCGACGCCGCCGUAAUACGGCUGCUAGUGCUCGCUUCCGUCAGAAGAAGAAGGCCCGCGAGCAAGUUCUCGAACGUACUGUCCGUGAGACUACAGAGAGAAAUGCUUCCCUUGAGGCUCGCGUCGCCCAAUUGGAAAUGGAGAAUCGCUGGUUGAAGAACCUUCUCACUGAGAAACAUGAGGCUACAACCACCAGAAUGCCCCCUCCUCCACAGGAUAGCGGCGCAUUAGAACCGAAGUCAUCCGGAAACAGGGCCCAGAAACAUAUUCAGCCUAAAAAGAAGGGCGUCGGCACUGACGAGUAA